AUGGCAAGGCCAGGCACGAUUGGGCUCGUUUCACCUUCCCAUUGUUCGAGCAUUGGUCGAGUCAGUAUGGUCAAAGAUACCACUUUGCUUUGGGAAAUAAGCCUUUCCACAUCAUUGAAAUUGGGAAAACCUUUUUUUCUACAAAAGAAUUCAGAAACCUUGCUUGGUAAUGGCAUACUUACCUCAGAUGGAGAGUUCUGGGCUCACCAAAGAAAAACCAUUGCUCCUGAGUUCUAUGCCGAUAAAGUUAAGAAUUUGGUGCACAUAAUGUUGGACUCUGCAAAGAAACUAAUAAACACAUGGGAGACUGAAAUAGAAAAACAAAGUGGGACAGCAAAUAUAAAGGUUGAUAAGGAUCUACACAGCUUUGCUUCAAUUGUCAUCUCUGAAACUUUGUUUGGGCAUAGCAAUUCCAAAGUCAUCAAUGAAUUGCAAGCAAGGUUCAAGUGUCUCGAAAGGGCCAUGAAAACUCCAAUCCUAGUCGGCGGGAUUCCUGGUUUGUGGUAUGUUCCAAUGAAGAGCAACAUAGAAAAAUGGAUAUUGAAGAAAGAGAUACAUUCACGAAUUAUGCAUAUUGUCAACGAGCAUUCAUCUAAGGUAGAAGUGCUACAAUCGAUCAUCAAUGGAGCUAAGAUGAGUGCUCUAGGACCUGCUGCAGUAGAACAACUCAUAGUCGACAACUGUAAGCAUGUUUACCCAGCAGGGCUUGAAAGCACAGCAAACACUGCAGCUUGGACCUUGAUGUUGCUUACAACCCAUCCAGAAUGGCAAGAUCGUGCCCAUGCGGAGGUUGCUGAACUUUGUGGAGAAAGCUUGCCGGAUGCCGCUAUGCUUAGCAAAAUAAAAGUGUUGACAACAGUGAUCCAAGAAGCAUUAAGACUCUACCCUCCUGGCCCCUUCAUAGCAAGAGAAACCCUAGAAGAUAUGAAAUUCGGAGACCUUGAAAUUCCAAAAUGUGUUGGUGUUUGGGUUGCUAUGAUGCCACUUCACCAUGACCCUGAACUCUGGGGUCCUGACCCAAGCAAAUUUAAUCCAGAGAGGUUUGCUAACGACAUAGGAAGUGCUUGCAAAAUGCCUCAAGCAUAUAUUCCUUUCGACAAUGGUCCCCAUAUCUGUGCUGGACAAUUGUUUGCAAUGCUAUAGAUAAAGGUUGUCUUGGCUAUCAUCCUAUCCAAAUUUUCCAUUUCACUUGAUCCAAAUUAUAUCCACUCCCCAGUAAUGGAGAAUAUUAUACGACCAGGACAUGGAGUGAACCUCAUAAUGCACAGGUUAACUAAGUGAAUCCUUGAGAAGUACUGAAUAAUCGUAUC